AUUUUCUGAAUGUUGGCCAACUAUGUAGAGUCAUUUAAAUUAGUUAUGUUGGGUUGAAAGACGCAGCAAAGGAAAUUCCUGGUUCUAAAUAUAGUUAUGACAAGCUGAAAAGUGUAUUUCACAACGUUGCAAAUCACUUGUUCAGUAAUAUAGUUAGGGCUGGGGACCAGCAUUUUUAGUUCUGGAUACCUGCAGUUAGUAGUGUUCUACUGAGUGAGAAAAGAUAAAAAAGCACAAUGUCUAAGAACCCCAAUGACAGCAUUUACCGUAUUCCCCCUUACUACUAUCUCCAUGUCCUUGACCAGAAUCUCAAUGUCACCCGACUGGAGAUUGGACCCCAGACAUUCAUCAGACAGGACAAUGAACGGGUUGUAUAUGGUCCGGAGAAAAUGGUCACAGUGCCCCCUAGGCAUUACUGUGUCAUUGAAAACCCAGUCGUGAAGGACAAAGAAGGAAAGGUUGUCUUUGAUGAAAGUGGUCAGUCUAAACUCAGCCAUGCUGACCUUGAGAUUCGACUUGCCCAGGAACCCUUUCCCCUUUACCCGGGGGAAGUCUUGAAACAGGUUGUGACCCCGCUGAAGGUCAUUCCUGCAAACUCUGCCCUGAGACUGAGGGCUGUGUUAGAUUUUGAGGAUGAUUCUGGAGAGAAGCGUGUGGCUGGAGACGAGUGGCUGUUUGAGGGACCCGGGACCUACAUCCCACAAAAAGAAGUGGUCAUUGAGGAAACUGUUAGGGCCACUGUCAUCAGACCCAAUCAGGCCAUCCGCCUCAGAGCCAGAAAGGAGACCAUUGAUCGAGAGGGCAAGGCCAGGGUGACUGGAGAGGAGUGGAUCCACAAAAAGACGGGAGCGUACCUCCCAGGAGCUUAUGAGGAAGUGGUGGACAUUGUUAAUGCCUAUGUACUCACGGAGAAGAAAGCUCUGCAUAUGAGGUCUCUGAGGACAUUUAAAGAUGAUUUUGGAGUGGUCAGAAAGAAUGGUGAAGAAUGGCUAAUCACAAUGAAGGAAUCGGAGACCCAUAUUCCCGGAGUAUAUGAGGAGGUUGUUGGUGUUGUGAACAUCACAACUCUGACCUCCAGACAGUACUGUGUUAUCCUUGACCCCUGUGAUGAAUCAGGUCACCCACAGCUGGGUAGAAAGAAGCUCGUCAAGGGUGAGCGCUCAUUCUUCUUGCUGCCAGGGGAGAGAUUGAUGAAGGGAAUUCAGAAUGUGUACGUCCUUGGUGAAGAUGAGGGCCUUAUUCUACGUGCUACGGAGUCCUUCAAAGAUGCAGAAACGAGUGAGGAGCUUCGUCCAGGAGACAGGUGGAUGAUCCGUGGCCCCAAGGAGUAUGUCCCCCCGGUGGAAGUGGAGGUUUUGAUGAAGCGAGUCGCCAUUCCAUUGGAUGAAAAUGAGGGUAUCUAUGUUAGAGACAUCAAAACAGGAAAGGUACGAGAUAUAACUGGGGAGACCUACAUGCUGAGUCAUGAUGAGGAACUCUGGGAAAAGGAACUUCCUCCUGCUGUAGAGACACUGCUAAUGGCAGGAAAGGACCCCUUGGCUGACAGAGGUGACCGCUCCAAGGUUGGCGAUAAGGGAGAUAAAAGAGACAAGACCCGAGUGGUCACUUUUAGAGUGCCUCAUAAUGCUGCUGUCCAGAUCUAUGACUACAAAGAGAAGAAAGCUAGAGUGAUCUUUGGACCUGAGUUGGUGAUGCUUGGCCCAGAUGAACAGUUCACACAACUGUCCUUGUCUGGUGGUAAACCCAAAAAACCAAAUAUCAUCAAAUCUCUAUGCCUUUUGCUGGGACCUGACUUUUGCACAGACAUCAUCACUGUGGAAACGGCUGACCAUGCCAGACUGUCCCUACAACUGUCAUACAAUUGGCACUUUGAUAUGAAGGACAAAAAAGAUAUAAUGGAAUCUGCAAAGAUUUUCAGUGUCCCAGACUUUGUUGGAGAUGCGUGCAAGGCUAUUGCUUCUCGAGUCAGGGGGGCUGUUGCUCAAGUUCAGUUUGAUGAUUUUCACAAGAAUUCUGCAAGGAUCAUUAGAUCAUCUGUAUUUGGAUUUGAUGACAAGGAGAAAGUUCGAGAUCAAUUCAAAUUUUCCCAGAACAAUCUGUGUAUUACAAGCAUUGACAUUCAAUCUGUAGAACCCGUGGACCAGAGGACCAGGGAUGCCUUAAUGAAAUCUGUCCAGCUGGCCAUUGAGAUCACCACCAAUUCCCAAGAGGCUGCAGCUCGCCACGAGGCUGAACGUUUGGAACAGGAGGCCAAAGGUCGUCUAGAGCGUCAAAAGAUUACAGAUGAGGCAGAGGCUGAGAAGGCAAGGAAAGACCUUCUAGAGCUCCAAGCCAACAGUGCAGCUGUUGAGAGCACAGGUCAGGCUAAGGCAGAGGCCCAGAGUCGAGCCGAGGCAGCAAGGAUUGAAGGAGAGGCAGCAGUGGAACAGGCCAAACUUAAGGCACAGGCCAUGAAAAUUGAAGCUGAAUCUGAAUUGGAGAGACUUACAAGUGCUAGAGAGGCAGAGCUCAAAUAUCUCAGAGAACAGAAUGAGAUGGAGCUCAGCAAGUCUAGAGAUAUGUCCACUAUCGAAACCUCCAAAUUUAAGAGUCAAGUGGAUGCCAUUGGAGCCUCCACGCUCCAGGCCAUCGCUACUUCUGGUCCAGAGAUGCAGGUUAGACUGUUGUCUGCUCUGGGUCUGAAGUCCACACUUAUUACUGAUGGAAACAGCCCCAUUAAUCUCUUCAACACGGCUAAUGGAAUAGUGGGUGGAAUGGUCCCAGCUAAGCGAGCACGCCGUGGUCCAGAAUCGGAUGAUGACAACUAAAUCAAAUAUUAUGGAAUUCUAAUGAACAACUUAUGAGUGCAAUGAUUUGAAUGUGAAUACAAUUUUUUUUGUGUGUAGCAUGGAACUUAGUUACAUUUAUAUUUCAUCCAUGGCAGCAGAAGUACCAUGAGAAAUUUCUCUCGUGUUUUGUGCUAAUGUGCUAGUUUAGCAGAAUCAUUUCCUAAUUUAAUUUAUCUACUUUGCAUAUAGACUGUGAUAAUAUAAACAUAAUAUAUUGACUUGUUGAUAAAUAAUAGUGGGGUAAUUUACACAUGUUGCAUAUUUUCCCAUAUUGGACACGGAGUUUUCUUUUGUUAAUACAUUUAUCUUACAAUCAACUUAGAUGUAACAAUGCACUUUUUGCUAUAAUUUUUACACAGCCCAUUUAUACACUUUAUUUCUUAACUAUGUGUAAUGUCUGUAAUUGUGGUUAAAAUAAAAAACCCAAAUUGUGAA